UGAUGUGAGUAGUAUUUGCGACGCAGGGUCUAAGCAAUUUGAUGCGGCGCGGGGUUUAGACUUGAGUGUGCAUUCUGAGAGGAGAGAAGAGAAGAUGGGGAAGAAGACGAAGAAACCCGGCAAAGGCAAAGAGAAAACCGAGAGAAAAACCGCGAGAGCCGAAGAGAAGAAAGCUCGCAGGGAAACCAAGAAGCUCUCUCCCGAAGACGACAUCGACGCCAUUUUGUUGAGCAUUCAAAAAGAGGAAGCUAAGAAGAAGGAUGUCCAAGUCGACGACAACGUUCCCGCGCCUUCUCCUCGCUCCAACUGCUCGCUCACUGUCAAUCCAUUGAAGGAGACCGAGUUGAUUCUCUACGGCGGCGAAUUCUACAACGGAAACAAGACAUUCGUGUAUGGCGAUCUCUUCCGGUAUGAUGUGGAGAAGCUGGAAUGGAAAUUGGUUUCCAGUCCUAACAGUCCUCCUCCUCGCAGUGCUCAUCAAGCCGUUGCAUGGAAGAAUUAUGUUUAUAUUUUUGGUGGUGAGUUUACAUCUCCAAACCAAGAGCGGUUUCAUCACUACAAGGAUUUUUGGAUGUUGGACCUGAAAACAAAUCAGUGGGAGCAGCUUAAUUUGAAAGGGUGCCCCAGUCCACGUUCAGGACAUCGAAUGGUAUUGUACAAGCACAAGAUUAUUCUUUUUGGUGGCUUCUAUGACACUCUUAGAGAAGUGAGGUACUACAAUGAUCUAUUUGUAUUUGACCUUGAUCAAUUUAAGUGGCAAGAAAUAAAGCCUAAGCCUGCAGCAAUGUGGCCAACUGCACGUAGUGGUUUUCAAUUAUUUGUUUACCAAGAUGACAUUUUUUUGUAUGGUGGCUAUUCGAAAGAAGUUUCAUCUGAUAAGAGCAACUCUGAGAAAGGAAUUGUUCAUUCAGAUAUGUGGUCCCUUGAUCCUAAGUCUUGGGAAUGGAACAAGGUUAAGAAAAGUGGAAUGCCUCCUGGUCCUCGUGCUGGGUUUUCCAUGUGUGUUCAUAAGAGGAGGGCUCUGCUAUUUGGUGGCGUUGUGGAUAUAGAAGUUGAAGUUGAUGUAAUGAUGAGCUUGUUUUUGAAUGAGCUUUAUGGCUUUCAGUUAGACACCAAUCGCUGGUAUCCUCUGGAGUUAAGAAAGGAGAAGUCGACUAAAGAUAAGUUAAAAAAAAUAGAACAAAAUUGUCCUGAUGAUGUUGACAAGAAGAUAAAUCCAGCAUGUGCAACAAGAGAAGAAACUGAGGAGUCAGAUGAUGAAGAAAACAGCAUUGAUUAUAUAUCCAAGAAUAUAGCGUCAAACAUGUCUAUUGAUGAUGGUGAAACACUUACCAAAUCCGAAGGAAAGCCUAAGGAAUCCAGUGCUAAAUUGGACCUUCAAAGUUCUUUGCCUGAGGUAGUGAAGCCCUGUGGACGUAUUAAUGCCUGCAUGGCCGUUGGAAGAGAUACAUUAUAUAUAUAUGGUGGCAUGAUGGAGAUUAAAGAUCAAGAAAUCACUCUUGAUGAUUUGUAUUCUUUGAACCUUAGCAAACUUGAUGAAUGGAAGUGCAUUAUACCGGCGUCAGAAUCUGAAUGGGUGGAAGCUUCAGAUGAUGAUGAAGAAAAUGAAGAUGAUGAUGAAGAUGAAUCUGACAGUGAUGGUUCAACUGAUGAGGAUGAAGAUGAUGAGGAAGAGGAGGAGGAAGAGGCUCAGAAUGCAUCAGUUCAGGUGGUAGAUGCCGUUGCUUUAAUCAAAGGGGUGGGAAAGAAUCUGCGGAGGAAAGAAAGGAGGUCACGGAUAGAGCAGAUUAGAGCUAGUCUUGGCUUGUCAGAUUCACAGAGAACACCAUUGCCAGGAGAAUCCUUGAGGGAUUUCUACAGGCGUACAAAUAUGUAUUGGCAAAUGGCAGCCCAUGAACAUACUCAACACACUGGAAAAGAACUCCGCAAGGAUGGUUUUGAUCUUGCUGAAGCUCGGUACAGGGAGCUAAAGCCUAUUCUUGACGAGCUAGCUCUAUUAGAAGCUGAGCAGAAAGCGGAGGAGGCCGAAGCACCAGAAACUAGUGCAAAGAAAAGAGGAAAGAAAAAAACUAGAAAUUGAUAAUUUAUUUAGCGCACAUUUGGGUGUCGCCAAGAAUGUAACAUGCAAUUUUGAUUUAGUUUGAUGUCAUUAUCUGCGAAAAUUGUGCCAAGAAUUUUGUGCACAUAAUGUGUCGCAUGGUCGCGUUACAUGUAAUCAGUAACCGGCACACACCCAAAAUUCAGUUACACUACAUGAAUUCCCUCCCCGAAUGUGCAAUAGAAAAGAGAAGAGUUAAAAGAGUUUGUAUGGCGCCGAAUUUAUCUGUGCCUGAGUGUAUUUAAAUUUUUUUGUAGUUGUUUAAUGGUCUUUUAAAUCUGUGAUACAUUACAUUUGUUCUCCCUCUAUCUCGAAUAUAUGUAAUAUUUCUAUUGAAAUAGAGUAUUAGCUGCUGUUCA